UAUCUAUUAAUUUCCCAUUACUAUAACUACUGCGGCCUUUUUCUUCUCCAAAACUCUGAAACAAGGCGCUCAAUAACAAUGGCAAAAGCAAAGCCAGAAGUUGCUUCUACAAAUGAGGAUAAGGCUUCCCAUCCUCCUUACCUUGAGAUGAUUUGUGAAGCAAUAUCGACGCUGAAGGAACGGACAGGGUCAAGCCAGCCAGCGAUAGCCAAGUUCAUGGAGGAGAAGUACGGCAAAAUGCUGCCUCCCAAUUUCAAGAAGCUGCUAUCGGUUCAGUUGAAGAAGUUGGUGAAAUCGGAGAAGCUUGUUAAACUCAAGAACUCCUACAAGAUUUCUUCGACUGAAAAACUGAAGCUGGCCGUCAAAGAGACCCAGGAAAGGAAAGGCAGUGCAAAAAACAAGUCCUCAAACCCCAAAGAACAGGCUGCAAAGAAAGUAUCGGAGAAAAGCGUGAAGACCAAGAGGCUGAGUCAAGUUAAGACCCCAGAGGCUCUUAAGAAAGCAAAAAAGGAUGUGAAGAAGGCGGUUUCGGGUUCAAAACUGAAGCGUUUGAGUCAGGUUAAGACCCCUGAGGGAUUGAAGAGGAAGACCUCUAAGCAGCCAAAACAAGACAUGGAAGUCAAUGUUAGUUGACAGGUGAAGAUGGUAGGGUUUCUUUUUUGGUUGUAUGCAUGUAGAUAUAGUUGUUUAUUAUGAUGGAAAUAUUUAUUGGCUUCUUGUUCUUGAAGAUGUCAACUUCCGGACUUCCAUAUAUCAACUUACUAGUUUUGAUAAUUAUUGCAAUGCAAUUUGAAUUUCGAAAGCAAA